AUGCCGCUCGUCCUCCGCAAGGCGUCUCUACCUGCCGCAAGGCGCCUCUACUGUGCUUCAGCUUCAGCAGGCCUUCGCAUCAACGCUGACCGGCUGCAAGAAACAAUCCACCACACAUGCCAAUGGGGCGCCGCCCAUCGGUACGGGAGCGGCCCAAACGAGACGGGCAUGUCUCGACUCUCGCUCUCUGACGAUGAUGCCCAAGUAAGACGCUGGUUUGCCGAAGAGACGAAGAAGCUGGGCUGCAAGCUGGUUGUCGAUAAUUUGGGCAACAUGUUCGCCAGCAGACGCGGAUCUUCGCCAAACCCCACGCCCAUGAUUGCCAUGGGAAGCCAUCUCGACACACAGCCUCGAGGUGGCCGAUACGACGGAAUCUUGGGCGUUGUCGCUGCCGUCGAGGUCUUGCGGACUCUUGCGGAGAAUGGAUACAGCACCAAUCAUGACGUUGGAGUCGUCAAUUGGACAAACGAAGAAGGCGCCAGAUUUCCCAAAUCUAUGAUGGCAUCCGGUGUAUGGGCUGGCAAGAUCCCUCUCGACGAAGCCUAUUCUCUCCCCGACAUCUUCGACCCCUCAGCCACCGUCAAGUCAGAGCUGCAAAGACUCGGCUACAUUGGAGACGUGGCCUGCUCCUCAGCCGGAUAUCCGCUGGGCGCCCACUUUGAGCUACACAUCGAACAAGGCCCAAUCCUCGAAGAAUCCGGCAAGAAGAUUGGUGUCGUUCGAGGCGGCCAGGCAUAUCGCUGGUUCACUGUAACUGUCAGCGGCCGCGAUGCCCACACGGGAACGACGCCCUUCAAGUCACGCAGCGACCCCCUGCUAGCAGCGUCCAAGAUGAUUGUCUCUUCCAACGCCAUUGCAAAGAAGCUCGGCGCCCUGGCAUCUACCGGCGUUAUCAAAAUCCCCCCAAGCUCGUCCACCAACACUAUUGCCUCGCAAGUAACUUUUACGCUGGAUAUCCGCCACCCAGACGACGCCAUUGUCGAUGAAGUGCAGCGUCUAUGCACCGAAUCCUUCGGCGCCAUCGCCAAAGAAGACGGUCGAGGUGUCCAAGUCGACAUGAGUCUCGAUACCGACUCUCCCGCGACCAAGUUCGACCCGGACUGUAUCAAGAUGGUUGAAAAGGCAGCUACAAAGCUGGUGGGCGCCGAUGGGUGGCUCCAUAUAACCAGUGGAGCCGGCCACGACAGUGUCAACACAAGCAGCCGAUGCCCAACGACUAUGAUCUUUGUUCCCUGCAAAGGUGGCGUUAGUCACCAUCCGGAAGAAUACUGCAGCCCUGAGGACUGUACCCUAGGAGCCCAGACUCUCCUCGAAGCGGUCAUCAACUACGACAAGCUCAAGGCAGGCCAAUAG